AUGAACCAGCUCUACCAUUCUCUGAAUAAAGACCAAACGUCUCAGCUACCUUAUAGUUUGUUCAGAAGCAAGCUUUCAUGGCGACUUCACGAGUUUGUUAAAGCGCCAUUUUUUUACGCAUGGAUUUUGACCUUUACUGUGCUAUCGUUAAUACCUUUUGCCAUUAGAAGAGCCUUUAGAUCAUGCCCUUUGUAUGUUUCCGGAAUGCUGACUUUUCUGAACAUUGAGUUUCUAGGGUUGCUGCCGUUCAUGUAUGUCCUCAAGAGGGACCGUUGUCUCCCUAAGUUACGAUCAUACUUGGUCCAAGAAGUUAUCCAGUUAAAACCAGAAGCUCACUUCAGAGACUGGGACAUAGUCGCUCUUCACGCGAACGGUUAUCUGCGUAGGGAACAAUUAUGGCAUACCGAAUUAUGUAUCUAUAAUGGAAAGGAAUGUAGUGAACUUUUUAGGUCCUUUGUUUACUGUCCAUCUCUGAAAGCAAAUCAUGACGAUGAGGACGAACGGUUGGCGGUUCAGAUAUACGAGAAAAGUUUUGAAAGUUACUGGAAGUCGAAGGAGAACUAUGUGUCUACAACUAAUGAUAGACGUAAACUACCCAAGGAGGUGUAUCGUUAUCGGCUGGCGUGGAAUGCAAAAGCUGUCAUGAAGAAAGCAUCCCGAUGGAUGAUACUGGUUCCAUAUUAUGCGGUAAUAAUAAAUUGGGGAAAUGGCCUUCUGGUGUUUUAUUUUGGACUUCUUCUUGGAUCUUGUCAAUUGUUAAUUUAUUCCUAUUCUUCUCUUUGCGCUGAGAGAAGGACCCUAUUCAACACACCGCUACUCAUUUUGACGUUUUUAAAAUUGAAAACGCUUCAAGAACCAGGAGAAGACCUUGAAAAAUGGAACAACAUUUCAAGAUUCAUGAACACUUACUUGCUAAAGGAGAGUGUCUGGCGAGACGGUGAGUUUUUCUUUGAUGGCGAAGACUGCCGUGCAAAAUUUGAGUCCAUACUGACAACAGUCAUUAGUGAGCAAGUCCCACACAUUAGAGGUUCUUAUCCAGAGCUUACUUCAUACGCCAUGAGAAGUAUGGCAGGUUUUUAG